UCCUCAUCAUCAUCAUCAUCAUCAUCAUCAACGUCCAUGACUCUUUUACAGCCUGUAGUAGCCCUUACACCACUGAGUUCGCCAACUCACAUGUCAAGCACACCUACUGCAACAAAAUCAGGCUCAUUGCCAACAACCCCUACCAGUGCCUCAUCCACUUCUGCUUUCCCAAGCUUGGUGAUGGACAUAUCUUCUUCCUCUUUCUCAACACCCAGUCCUUGUAAGAAACGGCCAAAAGUGGAACGUAAAUGUCUACCUGUUAAGGAGAGAGAAUAUGAUCCUGAUAAGCACUGUGGGGUGUGGAAUGGGGAGAACAGUAAGCCGUGCACACGGUCAUUAACUUGCAAGUCACACCCCUUGUCCAUGAGAAGAGCCGUGUCAGGGCGCAGCAAACGCUUUGACAAACUUCUGGCUGAUCAUCGGGCAACCAAGGAUGCAGCAAUUAAACUGGUGAAGACAAUGUCUACAGUUCCAGUAGUGUUGAGUCAGUCAUCUCCUCAGGACAUAGAUGCAAACCAGGCCUUGUCACCCCUUCCACCCGGACGUGUUGGUGGAAGCAUGCAGUUAGAUAUCCCUUCUUCUGCCCUGCCCACAUCUCUGUCUAUCCCAAUGUCUUCUUCAGUCAUAAAUUUGAAUUCUGCUCCAAAUGCAUCUGUGUCUGCCACUCUUACAACCACACCUCUGCCCUCCAUACCUGAUCUCACGAUCGACACAUUUGAGAAUCAUACAGUGCCGGCCCCUGCUUUGAAGGCACCUCUGUUGAGCACAGUGUCAAAGAUGAGAGAUAUGUCUGGACUGGGACAUUCUCCUGGACCUCCUUUGGCACAGCCAUUAGUGACAGCUGCAACAGCUGUGCGGGCUCCUUCACCCAUAACGACAGUGACUGUUCCUAUCCCAUCAGGUGCACCAGCCCCUUCUCCAGUGCCUAUUACAGGGCCCACUUUUCACAAUAUUCCAGCUUCCCCACAGUCCCCAGGCAUGACUCCAUCUAGUGCAAUACCUAUAAACACAGAUGUGGACAGUACCUGUGCGCCUGUUCCCACACCACUGAAAGAUCUGUCAGCUAGUACCAUACCCUCUUCUCAGUCUCCAGUGUCUGCCUCAACUGCAUCCAUUUCCCCCACUUCUGCCACACAAGGAAUAUCCAUGCUGGCUCCUAUACCAGCUACUUCUCUUCCACAUCCUACACAUGCAUUUCAAUCAGUACACGCUGUCACCCCUGCUGUUCAGAUGUGCAAUUUCCCUGCACUGUUUGAAGAUGUAACUUGGUUGAAGAAUCAUCCACGCCCAUUGGCUGUGUGUUCAUUUUCUGGACGUAAAGUAGGAACUUUAGUGUGUAAUUCACGUAGAUUGGAAGUGGUUCGUGAAGGUCUGCGAGAAGCACUAGCACAUGGUCCAAUCAGGUCACCACUCAGUAGUGAUUUCUGUGGAAAUACAGGCACAAACCAUGCAGCAGGAACCAUCAAAACAGUUCUUACAAACAUUUGUACGAAGGGAAACUUCCUUAACUCAAGUGGAAAGAUAAUUUUUCCUGGUAUUGGGUUGUCCAAUAAAAAUCACAAAAUACCCAUUAUUCCCACCCAAUCUCAGCAUAAUUCUUCAGCCACUGUCACAAUCCCUGGUGCUCUUAAAGCAGCAUUGCCAAUGCCACAACAUCUGACACUCAAAACAACCUUAAAUCACAAUGUAACAUGUAAUAAAGAUACCAUCAAGAAUGGACAGUUCCACAUUCCAAACAUUCUGAGUGGCAGUCUCAAGAGGCAUGUAGAUUCAUCCAAGUCAGGUGGGAAUACAAAUUCGAAACGAACGAAACGGAAACAUGCCCAAAAUGUGAACCCUGCAGAGAUCAUCGGCAGCUUGCUGGCAAGAAAGAACAGCCGUUUAGGGGGAAGGGGAAAUCAUGUGCCACUUGUGACUGUAGCCAUUGCCAAUGGGUUGGCAGGUGGCACAACAUCAAGUCAGAGUGAUACAAGUGAAUCUAAGAACAUUUUAAGUUCACGGGGAGGGGUCACUUCAGACUCCUUGCGGACAGAUCUUCCAAAAGGAAUGUCAUCUAGUAAUUUAAAUCAGAUUUCAGAUGGCACAAUAAAUGCAACAAAUGUGAAAGCGGUCUCUCCAAAUGUUCAGAAUGUUCGGAUAGCUACAACUCCCAGUACAGUUCAGUUGGCCACACCUCAGAUAACAUAUUUGACAACUGGACCUGUCACUUUCCAACAGAUUCCUGUACUAAGCUCACAGGUAAUUAGUCAGAUCCAGUUGCAGUCAAAAAACAGUGGGAAUAGUCAGUCAAUCCCAUUGAAGCUGGUGAGUGGGAGUGGAGGAGUGAGUCUGGCAACAGCGACAGCUGCAACAUCUGGACGUGCCAUGGUUCUCCACCAGGACAAGGAUUAUGCUCCCUCCGAGUCUUGACUUUGAGUUUUAUUUCAAGCCAAAUCUCAGGAAAACCAAGUCAAUGUGUUGUCAGGUAGAAAUUGUUAUAUUGCUGUAGCCUUCUUGAUCAUGGUUGUCAUUCUCUUUAUUAUGUAACUUCAUCUUUCCAGUCCGACAUUGGCAUAUAAAGUCAUCGUGCUGGAACUAAUAAAAACAUAUGUUUCUGGCAAAAGUACUUUUGAGUAAUAAAUUUAAGUCAGUAUGUUGUGUAUAUUAUGUAAAUUAAUUAUGAAGUUUUUUUCCAUAAUGUAGUAUUUAUUUGGAGUUGUAUAAUACUAAUUUUUUUAUUUUACUUUUUGUAAGAACUGUACAUACGUUUUAAUUUGCACUGCUAGGAGAGAGAGACCCAGAUUUUGUAUUCCCGCCUGUUUCUGGUUCAUAUAUAGUUAAAUUUAAAGAGACUGAUAACUAUACUGAAAUUGCAUUUCAAUAUACAUAUAUGUGGUUCCAUUAGGUCAUGUAUAUAAUGGUGUGGUUGUUUUGUGUGCAAGGUGACUUUUCUGUGUGUCAAGUAUUUAAUCCAUUCGAGGUGCUUUUGACCUGUUGCUUGUGGUGUUACCACUUGUGAAGGUGGUGGAAUUGCAAACUAGAAGAGCUUACGAUACCCAGAUCACAAGGAAACAGACAGUGAUUGAACCUCGAGCCAGCUGUGAUAUUAUGUGUCCAUCUUCCUGCAUGGUAGAGCAAUAGAAGGACUCUCAGAAACCAACUAAACCCGCAAAGUGUUCAUAUUUUGGUAGGAGGAUCCGCAUGUCAAUGGUUGUUAGCUCACCACUGUUACCUCAGUCAUGGGAUUCUGUUUCCCUCCCCCCCUAUCCUCUUCCUACAUUUUAUAUCAUCACCAAUAGGUGACUGUAAUAUUCGUUGUUUUUCAUGGAAUUGGCACAUAUUAGGCUGAUUGAAGGUUGUUACCAAUGUUUAGUUUUGAAAUUUUGAAUGCUGGAGUAUACAUAAAUUCUGAUUUUAUAUUAUUUUUAUUUUAUUUGUUAUUUUACAGUGGUGUGUACUGUUACCAAUUUUGAUUGUUUAAUUAUUAUAUUUUGUAUAUCAGAGAACCUAGUGAAGCUAAAGAGGAUUUAAUUUUUGUGUGUUAAAUUGCAUAAUAUAUUUUUAUGCAUAAUGAUUCUUUAUUUGGAAGAUCCUUUUUUCCAUCGGUCUCUCAAGAGUAUGCAAAUUUCUUCAUCCUAAGAUCAGGCAAAAAUUUGAGAUGACAGUUGGUACAUGGCCAUUAUCAACAGAAUCUACAUGAUUUUCUGUUUUACAGAAUUUAAAACAGUGUAAUGCCAUGCAUGUGGUAUGUUUUUAUGCAAAAUACUUCAUUUCAUUUUAUUGGCUUAAUGCACUUCCAUCUACAACUAAACAGAAGUCUAAUAUGAAUUUUCAGUGGAAAUAGUGAGAGGUCAGAUUAUUGGAUUUAAGGUCACAAGAAUUUAUUAGCUGCCAAACUCAAAGGGAGAGGGCCUGCAGUAGUUAAGUCACUUUGUUUCAUUUGAAAUGUACAGUACAGUAAUAUAAUUUCCACUGUUUAGGUGUGAUCCCAAUACUGCUAUUGUUUGAGUAGUAAAUUUCCAUGACAUAACUUUAAUGUUUGCACAUGUAAGAUUUGAAUGGAUUACUUUCUUGCAGUGUAUGAUACAGAUAUGUUCAACAGAAAUUUAAAUUUAUAUUAUAGAAUUUGAUUAAAUUCUUAUUUAUUUUUAAAUAUUAUUGGAAUAUGAAAUGAAGCAUUUAAUAAUUAUUCUACAGCAGAUAUGAUAAAGUUUCUGACAGAUGCAGAAGCAGCACUAUGAUUUAGUGUAACUCUGAUGCACAAUGUUAUCAAGUAUGACUGUGCAAAAAGGAAUUCAUGCUGUUUCUGUCCUGUAUUCUAAAAUUUUCUGUGGCUGCUGUUAUUAGAAAUGGUGGAUGUGCAUAUGAAAUAUCACAUCAGUAUUCCUCAUAUUUUCUUCAUCAUUGUAUUAUCUAUUGUGGGAAAUCUCAAGGGAAACCUUAUAAUAAAAUUCACUGUUCAUGAGGUCAUUGUUUGUUUAUUUUCAAGUACAUGUCAGUAGGGACAGAAUGAUUUUUGGAUUUCAUAUUAUGCUACCCAUAUUUUAAUACAGCUAAACACAUACAAAGAAAGUAAUAUUUGUCUUAUGCUAGAAAUGUAAUUGUCAAUGACAGAAUACCUUCCUCAUCAUUUGUUUUGCAAAAAUAUACACAUUGAUGACUUGUGUAUCUAAGAAGUUUCUUAAAGCUGGUAAACCUGCCUUCUGUUUAUAGUUGGACUCCUAACAUUGUGAGAUCCUAAGACAAUUAAGUUAUAUCUCUAUCUUACCAUUUGGUUUAGUCUGCAGAGAAAGCAUGUGUGUACUGAUACUUGAAUCACAAAAGUAAGGAUCAUAUGAUCACAACCAAAAUCAGAAUAAUAGUAAUGUGUGAAGAAGUCCAAAUGAAAUGAAUGCCAAUACAUACGAGUAUAUUAUAGCUCUAGUUCUUCCUUUAACUGCAGCCUAUAUAUCCUUAAUCUGGUCCUCAUAUUAACAGGUUUUGAAACCAUUACAAUAACAUUUUUGCAAACUUUGCUUUACGGCUGAGAAGUCAAAGUUGGCAUGGAUUGCGUGCAGCAUCUGGCAUUGUAUACAUGAAUAUGGUUGCAAGUUGUUGUGUAUAUAUUAUGAAUCAGUCUUGAUGUGUGCCAGUUUCACUUCUGCAGGACAAUAAACUGAAUUUAUGUUGGGAAACUGAAAAUAGUAUAUCAGUUGUCUUGAUCUCUUACUUGUACAUGUUUUUUUUGUGUGUUUGUUAAAUAAUUUUGGUUGUGAAAAGUGUAUGCACCAUACUGGAAGGCUAAAUAAUUUUGGUUGUGAAAAGUGUAUGCACCAUACUGGAAGGCUAAAUAAUUUUGGUUGUGAAAAGUGUAUGCACCAUACUGGAAGGCUAAAUAAUUUUGGUUGUGAAAAGUGUAUGCACCAUACUGGAAGGCUUUGGAAGGACACUUGCUUUCAAAUGUAAUUCUAAGUUAUCUGGAUAUAAAAAUUUCCGUUCCAUAAAAUAAGAAAAAUGCUGAAGCAUACAUGGUAAUUUCAGAAAUACAUUGUUGCUAUAGUUUGUAAACAUUGGUAUUUACAUGGACAGUGUGUUUGUCAUCAUUUCUUAUUCCAUUUGUAAUAAGUGUACACUGGUGUAAAAUUACUCAUCAGUAAUUGUGGUUUCAGUUUCCUCAUAAGUCUACUAAUCUCACUACAAUCUGGUUUAAUAUCUUUAACAUAGUUACAUUUUUAAAAAAGUCUAGAACUGAGAAUUGAAGGGUUUGUACCUCCAUUUUUAUAAAGUUGCAGGAAAGAGGUAAGAACAGUUUUUCGCUUGCUUAGAUUUUUGUUAUGAAUACUUUCAUAUAUGCUGUAAGUGACUGAAUUUACAUUAUUUUUUGCACUGAUAUAUUGGGUUUUCAGACUUUAUCCAUCAUCCUGGUUUUUAAGA